AUGUCGCCGAGACAGUCAGUGGCUGAAAAUUUCCGCCACAUGCCUGGCGGCGAGCCGCAGACUGGGAUCGGCCACUCUGUGCAGAUGACCAAUGGAGCUCGUCGCGUGCCUUCGGUGCAAAGGCUCCAAGACAGGUCUCAUCACCACGCCCUGCCGCAACGCAUGUCUGACACAUGUUGGGGCAAGCGAGCGGUGGCGGCGGCGGCAAUCACACGGCGUCGGCAACGACGUAUGCCUCAUCUCGUUUCGGUCGCGGCCAAGCGAGCAAGGGCGGAGGAGAGCUCCCUCCCAGGCCGACCGGACGGACGGCUACGUGGAGCACGACCGCCAAGCGAUGUCUACGUGGGACACGGCCGCCAAGCGACGUCUACACCACCAUGGAGCGCCCUUGCUUGGAAUCGUGAAAGACUAACGUUUCAGUUGUAG